AUGGCCGUGGAUGCGGAGCAGCAGAAUUCGCCGAAGGAAUCGCCGGCGCGUGGUGGCACCAUUAGCUACGGAAUCGACGAUAAUCCACCGUGGUACUUCUGCAUCAUGAUGGCGCUACAGCACUACCUGACCAUGAUUGGGGCGAUUGUGUCGAUACCGUUUAUCCUGACGCCGGCGCUGUGCAUGCGUGAUGAAGAUCCGGCUCGCGGGACCAUCAUCUCGACCAUGAUCUUCGUGACCGGGUUGAUCACGUUUUUGCAGACAACGUGGGGCUGCCGGUUGCCGCUGGUGCAGGGUGGCACCAUUUCGUUUCUGGUGCCUACGCUGGCCAUUCUCAGUCUGCCACGGUGGAAGUGCCCAUCGGACGAGCUGAUCGACGCAAUGAGCGACGCCGAGCGGACCGAGCUGUGGCAGGUGCGGAUGCGCGAGCUAUCUGGUGCGAUCGCCGUGGCAGCCGUGUCACAGCUCGUGCUCGGCUUUAGCGGCCUGGUCGGGAAGCUGUUGCGGAUCGUGACCCCGCUCACGAUCGCACCGACCGUGGCGUUGGUCGGCAUAACGCUCUUCCGCCACGCCAGCGAAACGGCAUCGAAACAGUGGGGCAUCGCGGUCGGAACCACUGCCAUGCUGACGCUCUUCUCGCAGCUCAUGGCCAACGUGAGCUGCCCGGCCGUCGUGUAUCGGGGGAGCGGCCACGGAUUGCGCGUCGCGUGGUUUCCGCUGUUCAAACUGUUCCCGGUGCUUCUGACCAUCGCCAUCAUGUGGACGCUUUGCGGGAUACUGACCGCGACCGGUGUAUUCCCCGAGGGUCACCCAGCGCGGACCGACGUCCGGUUGCGUGUGCUCCAGGAUGCGGCGUGGUUCCGCGUGCCCUAUCCGGGUCAGUUCGGCCUGCCCACCGUGUCGCUGGCCGGAGUGCUCGGCAUGUUGGCAGGUGUGAUCGCCUGCACCGUGGAGUCGAUCAGUUACUAUCCGACGAUCGCACAGAUGUGCGGGGCUCCACCGCCGCCACUGCACGCCAUCAACCGGGGCAUCGGCGUCGAGGGGCUGGGCACGGUGCUGGCCGGUCUGUGGGGAGCCGGCAACGGGACGAACACGUUCGGCGAGAACGUCGGUGCGAUCGGGGUGACGCGGGUCGGCAGCCGGCGGGUGAUACAGUGGGCCGCGGCCAUUAUGGUGCUGCAGGGGGUGCUUAGCAAGUUUGGUGCGAUCUUCAUCAUGGUGCCGGACCCGGUCGUCGGGGGCAUCUUUUGCGUCAUGUUCGGUAUGAUCACGGCCUUCGGGCUCGGUGCACUUCAGUAUGUCGACCUGCGGUCCUCCCGCAACCUCUACAUCCUGGGCGUGUCCUUCUUCUUCCCACUCGUCCUCUGCCUGUGGCUCCAGGAGCACCCGGGAGCGAUUCGCACCGGCAGCGAAACGGUCGACUCCACUCUGUCUGUGCUGCUCGGUACGACCAUCCUGGUCGGCGGAGUGCUCGGUUGCGUGCUGGACAAUCUCAUACCGGGCACGGAUGAGGAGCGCGGGCUGGUGGCGUGGUCGAAGGAGAUGGCACUCGACGUCGGGCAACAGUCGGAGCACGCGGCCGAGAGGAGCACUUUCGAUUUCCCCUACGGAAGUGCCUUGAUGCGACGCUGGAAAUGGACAAGGCACGUACCGUUUCUUCCCACAUACAAAAUGAAACUGUGAAGGACAGACCACGAAUGAAAAGUAAUCGCGAGUAACAAUCAAUUUUAGAUAGAAUUAACCAUUUCUCGAAGAUACAUGAAGCGAGUUCAGCGAGUCGAUAAUAAAUGAGUUCGA